AUAAACGUAUUCCAAGAUAUAGUGAGACCAAAAACCUCAAACUUGAGCUCUUGUGAAACAUAAAGAACAGCUUCAACCAUGGCUGCCAAGUACAAAGUCAGAUCAAUCAGCCUACCCUCAAGAUCACACCCCACCACUCUUAGGGUUGAAGAAGAGCUGAGUAGGCUCCAAACAUCUUCAUCUUUUGCUUCAAUCUGCAAAGAUCUAUGUGGACUAGAGGAGUUGUAUGAUUGUGUGGAUGAUCUUUUACAGAUGGCAUCAACCCAAAAACUCCUUUCUCAUUACCAACAAGAGAAGUGUAUGGAUGAGUUGUUGGAUGGAUCACUGAGGCUCUUGGACAUAUGUGGCAUCACAAGGGAUGUCAUGUCACAAAUCAAGGAACAUGUUAGAGACCUUCAAUCUGCUCUUAGGAGGAGAAAGGGAGACUCAAGCAUAGAAAGCAGCAUUGCAAAUUACAAUUGUUUCAGAAAGAAGAUGAAGAAGGAUGCCAAGAAAUUGAUCACAUCACUGAAGCAAGUAGACAACAAAGCAUCACAGCAUCUAGAGCAAGAUCAGCAUGCUUCCGCGGUGACUCGAGUUCUUAAAGAAGUGUUUGGUAAGAACAUGUCUAUCUUUCAAUCCCUAUUGGUCUUCCUAGUAGUUCCAGUUUCAAAGCCAAGGUCAAAGAAGUGGUCUUUGGUAUCAAAGUUUAUGCACAAGGGAGUGAUAGCAUGUGAAGAUCAGAAUAAGGAUAUUAAUGGCCAUGAGUUGGAUGGUGUUGAUGCUGCUCUCUACUCUCUAUGCAAAUCUUCAUCAGCUCCUACAGAAGGUGCUAAUGUUGAGAAGAUUCAAAACGCACAUAAAAAAUUGAAGGCUUUGGAAGUCACCGUUGAAGGCCUUGAGAAUGGUUUGGAUAGCGUUUUUAGGCGCUUGAUUAAAACAAGAGCUUUUCUUUUGAACAUAAUCUCACAAUGAUGUGUUUUAAAAGGCCGCAGUUAUUUGUUUCAAAGCCUCUAAGGCAUCCACAUUUUAUUAGGGUUUCCAUUGGGAUUAACACUUUUUGAUACAUUUGUUAAAUGUAUAGCCAUACAAUGAAAUACAAUCGAAUCGACACCUUGAAUCA